CCGCCCCGUGGGCGUGGCCCCAAGCCAGGCGUGCGCGCUGACGUCCUGAGGCGCGCGUUCCGGAGCGUGACGUACAGCGCUAGUUCAGGUUCUAUUCUCCAGGUAAUGGCUGCUCCUUCAGAAUGGUGGUGAGGUGAGAUGAGGGCCUGGUCUGCCCUCCUUUCUGCUCCAGAAGCACUAACUCUCCAGCCCAGCUCUGUCACACCAGAAAUAUCCACUAAUGGUUGACUCGGAUGAUGAGUUUACCCAGCUCUGCUCUAAGCUCCUGAAGCGGGUGAAGAAAAGCAAGCCUACUGAAAGCCAGGACAUCCCCAAAUCCAGCACCGCAGCCAGGAACAGACUGAAAAAGUCUGUCGCCAAGAACCAGUCAGGCAAUGGGAGCAACAAGAGGGCAGACCAGGGAGUCACAUCAGGAAGUGACCUUGAGAAAACCACAGAGCGGCAUGAGCCAGGUGACAAAUAUGAAGCCGAGAAAAGGGAUUGGGGAUCAUCAACUCAUGUGGACCACCCAGGGAACACGCAGAAAAGCCUAGCGAGGGCUGAAACACUCAGGCCCGAAGAACAGCCAAGCAUAAAACAUAAGGUUCUGGAGAGGAUGCAGCAGUUCAAGAGAGCAGGUCCAAUCCGGAUGAAACAUAGCACUACAGAGGACUGUGACACGGAGUCAUUAUCCUCUGUUGCUAGUCUCCCAGAGAGUGACAGUGCUCGAAGUACGGCUCUGCAGAGGGAUCUCCCUGAGCAGCAUGUUUCCCUGGAGGACCAGGGGCUGUUCUUCUGCCAACUCUGCCAGAAAGACCUGACCACCAUGAAUUCAGCCCUACGGGAGCAGCAUGUCAAUAGGUGCCUGGAUCAAGAUGAGAGUUUGGUAAAAGCGCCUGAACCUCCCUCUGUUCCCAGCUGUCCCCUAUGUGGGAAACCCUUCAACACAGAGAAAAGUCGUGCUUCUCACCUAAAGCGGUGUGCGGCCAAGCUAGAUGUGCCAGCACAGACACUGCUAGAGGCCGUCCACAGGCAAAAUGCUGAAAUUGGAACAGAGAUAACAACUGGGGUGGUCCGUGCCAAGCGGAAAGCGGGGUACAAACAGAAGGAGCCCCCAAAAAAGAAGAAAGCAGCUCAGCCGGGUUCAGAGGUGGAGGAGCUCUUAGUUGCCAUGGCACUUUCACGGUCUAUGCAGGAAGACACAGCAGCAACAAGCGUUGCCAGUGGGCCAAGUGCCAUGCCCUCCAGAGAAAUCACUGUGCCAGUGAAAAAGAGCCGUCGUAAACAGAAGAACAAGCCACCUACUCUCCUGCUCAUUCAGGACCCGCAGGCUCCGAUGCAGAGACUCCAGCAGAGAAUGUCUUUACUGUUGAGUGAGGAAUCUGAGUUAAGCAAUAUCGCCAGGCUGCCCCCCAGCCGCUUCUGGGACAUGGAGGAGAUUCAGAGAGCAACGUGGAGCCGGUUUCCGACACACGGAAAGAGCACGCUGUGGGGGAUCAGCAAUAUGGUGGAGAACAUCGAUCCUCUCAACUACUAUACAAAGGAGCUUAACCCUCCUAUAGUGCCAUGGAGACCACCAUUGAAAAUUUUAAACUCUCAGCCUCGAACCAGAACACCUUCCCUGUCUUCUAAGACACCGCCUUGUGUCCUGUCUGUGGGUAAGGACCAACCUGAUGGCAUCGUAUGCACAGAACACCAUCAGCUGUCCAGCAGCCAGAGAGACAGACAGGCCUUGCUGGACCUGGCAGAGCUGGCUGGAGAAGGGAUGACACUCACUCAGUGGAAUUUGGGACUCAAUCAUGUUAUGGAGACGACUGGCAGAGACCCAGUGGAUAGCCUUGCAGCAAGUGGAUUUACCCCAUCUCAGCCAGAAGAGACCAUCAAACCAUGCAGUCACCCGCAGCCCAAAGGUUCACUAGUUGCUUUGGCAGCAGAUUUCCUGGAAAUGGUGAAUAAUCCCCACCUGAGUGAUGCCCAGCUUCAGACAGACUGUGGGGAGGUGCUGAACAUACACAUGUUUGUGUUAUACGCUCGAUGUCCUUUGCUUGUGGAAGCGGUGCACUCUGAAGGAUUCUGGGUAGAUGAAGCCAGCACAGGUCGUGUCCGACGCCUCCUUUUAAAUGAUGUGUCUGCUGAAGCCGCGCUUAGUUUCCUGCGUUACCUGUAUUGUGCCUGUACAGAUAUUCCUACCCAGUACCUCCCACAUGUGUGUGAACUGGCACGCAGGUUUGGGAUGAACAUUCUUAUAGAAACCUGCGAGCAUCUUUUUGAGGAUUCUCAAGGACCCGGACCACAGGCAUUUGCAGAAGAGGAAGAUGAUGAUGGUGGAGAGCGAGCAGAAACUUUCCAAGAGUUGUUGAAGUCCAUGUGGGUGGAUGAGGGUGAAGCAGCACUGGAUCCAUUGGCAGAGGAAGGUUUGGAGGAGGAAAAGGUAGACAAUGAAGGGGUAGGAGAAGGUGAGCUGGAUGAGAUUUAUGAGUUUGCUGCCACACAGCGCAGAAUGGCAGAUGACCAGGACACAGAGGGUGGAAGUACUAGUGAGCACGACAUGGGGCAGCAAGGCAUGGAGUCAGAAGACAGUACUGUAGAGAAGGUUCUCCAGAUUUAUUCACCUGACAGAGAACAGAGGAUUGCACAGGCUUCUGUACAAAUAGCUCUGCUUACAGCAUCUACAGACCAAGGGUCCCUGAAGGUUCCUCCUCAGGGCUCUCCUGCUUGCCCUAUUGCUGACAAAAUGGAACUCUCACCUGCUCAUGCCCCACUAUGUUCUCCUGAGAACUAUUUAAUUAAGUCAUCGCCUGCCCGCCAAUCUUCUCAUCCAACCAGCUCUGCUAAUUUAUCUUCAUCUGUGUCUCGUAAGCUCUUUGUUCAAUCUUCCCCCAGUAAAACAGAAAAACCAGAGCAAGAACUUGCCCAAUACAGCCCAUCACCUCUGGAUGACAGUUAUGAUCGCUUGUUUUCACAGACAUGUGGUGAAUAUGUGGAACUCUCUGGAGUGAGUGUCUCUUACACAAACAUAAAAUCUAGAGUAUGUCAGAAAAGUCCACUUAAAAACUCUCCCACUUCACUUCCUCAGCUUGGAUAUUCACCCAACUCUAAGCCAGAUAAUGUACCCUCAAUGUUAUCGUCACCUAAUCAUCAGAACCAAGAACUGCUCACCUCUCCCCCUAAUUCCCAGUCUCGCAGUUUAAUCUCUGCAACAAAAUCUCCACCUGCAUUCCAGCCACUUAAACUACCUCAUCUGACAUCUCCUCCUAAUUCUCUACCUUCUAGCCUAAAAUCUGUAACGUCCCCGAAUAAUUCCCAGCUUUGCAGCCUACCCUCUAUGUCAUCACCAUCAAAAUCCCCCCAACUGCACUUCUCUUCCCCACCUAACUCCCAACCUCUCAGCAUACCAUCCCUAGCAUCCCCACCUAACUCCCACCGUCACAGCCUACUCACUGUAUCUACUCCUCCUAAUUCCCAGCCGGCCAGCUUAACCUCACUAGCAUCACCACCUAACUCCUUGCCUCGCAGUCCAUUCUCUAUAGAGUCUUUAUCUAAUUCUCAACCUUGUAGGCAACAGUCGCUAGAAUCUUCACUUAAACCUCUGGCUCAUACCCAGACCUCACCAAAACGUUGUCCUUCUAGGCAGAAUACCUCUUCCCCAAAAGCAACCACUCAGGAACAGGAAGUUAUUUUGAUCCUGUCUUCUGAUGAAGAGUCAGAACCCAAUGGGAAUGCUGAAGGACCAUUAUCUGACAUUGGGCAGACAUAUAAGACUGGCUUCUGUGGUGGCAUAAAAGAAUCCCCCGUUAGCUUCAAUGAAAGGACAAGCACUGAAGGUUUGGGCUGCUUAGAAAUGAGCAGCAGUACAGACACAUCUUGGUUAAUUCCAGCUACACCUUUGCCAAAUGCAGCCGUGCCACGUACAUCCCAUCUUCAUGCCUCCCACCAAUCACUCCUAUCUCAAAGCUCUUCUAUCUGCCGUCAGGUUGCUUCUUCAGGCAGAAAUGUAUCUUUGACAACAGCAAUUUCUCCUGUAUCUGUUUCCAAAUCGACUCAAAAGUCCCCUGAACAUAAAGUGUCCUCAGAGAUAUUUCCCCACACUCAUAACAGUUCUGGAAAAAAAAAGACCUCAGAAGGCCUAAGCAGUUUUGGCAGUAAGGGUUCUCAUGUCCCCUCCUCUUUGCCAUCAUCCCCUGCUUGCAGCAGUGUGUUUGAGGUUGGGGACAGUGAUGAAGAGCCUCCAUCCUCCAAGAGCCAGCAAGAAACCAGUAGCCACAGUUUCUAUUUAGACUAUGAGCCUCCCAUCCAUGUAGAGGAUGAGAUGUGGUUUGACAGAGAACAAACACCCAAAAAGCUAGAGUCCUCCCCAGAAACCAAAACCACUUCUUCAAGAGAGUGCACACCGCUAAAGAGCACAGGCAUUCAGAAGUCCAAUACUUUGUUAGAAGGAAGUUCUCAGCCUGCCUCCAAAGAUGGACCUCAUGACACCACAGCCUUACAGAACAGCCGCCAGAGUUUCCUGAACUCACAGCUAUGGGAGGAAUGGGAAGACGAUCAGGAAGAUGAGCUGCCCGCCAUGCUUCCACUAUCUGAACGACUAAAUAAGAUCCCAGACAAACAGAAAGAGCUGAGGACCCCAGUUUCCAUAGUACGAAGGAGAGAGCUGGCCCCAAAGGUACCUAUUACGCCAUUACCCGAGUAUUCUGACAUGGACACUCCAGUUUUGAAGAAGGAGCUGAACAGGUUCGGGGUACGAGCUCUGCCCAAGAAGCAGAUGGUGCUUAAGCUGAAAGAGAUUUUCAGUUACACACAUCAAGUUAUGAGCUCAGAUUCCGAGGAUGAAGUUCGUCCCUCCCAGCUCCAGCAGCAGAGCAGCAUACAGCCCCGGAGGCCUGCCAUCAAACAGAGACCUGCAGGAGGCAGUAAGGACAAACCUGAGCCUUCAGCUAAGAGAGGAAAGACACUGACCUCUGUCUGCGCUGCACAGGAAGAUGACGAACAACCACUGACAGCAUCGCAGGAAUCCACAACUUCCUCUGUGGCUGCAAGUGACACCUCCUCGUUAUCCCAGAGCUCUACCAAGAAUGAGUUUGAGACCGCAUUUGCCGAAGAAGAAGAUGACGACGACGAGGAUCCAUGCGCUCCAUCUCAAGAGGCUGGCCGAAAGGCUGCCACCGAAGAGGCUGUGAGGAAGUUCAUCGAGCAGCGUCCUGAUUUAUACAGGCGUAUCUUAUUAUACCAGCCGCUAGAGUUAGGAGCAGUCCAGGCAGAGCUCAAACAAAGUGGGAUCAAGAUGGCCGCCGGAAAGCUACUAGAUUUCUUGGAUGCUCACUGUAUCACUUUUACCACCGCAGCUGCACGCAAGGAGAAGAAGAGCCACAGACGCAGAAAAGUGGGGAAACGCUAUUGAGAAUUUUAUUACAUAGGAAACAUUGGGAUUAAUAGAACAGAGCUGACUAACUAGUUGAUGUAUUUUAUAAUUGUGUAAAUGAAAUUGAAGAUUGGAAAAAAAUAUGGAUUUGUAAUUUAUCAAACGUGUUAUGUAUUGUGAAAUUGUAUAUGUAAAUAAAAUAACAAAAGUUAA